CUCGGACCCAACCUGAUUCCGACUUGAAUCUAGAGUUUUAGACCUGGAACCAACCUAUCUUGUCCAAAUCUUGAAUCCAGACCUAGAUAGCCCUUGCCACCCCGAUCGCAAUUUAAUUACUUGCCACCGCAAAGGGAACAAACUAUCCAUCCUUCUCAUCAGCUGCCUGGCUUAUCCGUUGCUGAUACACUCACCGUUUUCUCCUGGAAAACUGUUGUUACAGAGAGCCAUCAUCUGCUGCACUUCUCUCUCUAUAGUAUUCUCUCUAAGUACAGCAAAAUCCUUAGCAAACCAAUGCUGUAAAGAAACCCCUAACUCACAGAUGGCUCUCUCUCCUCUGAGAUUCACAGACAUUCCCUUCCCUUUCUCCCUCUACACCCGCACUCCCCCAAUAAGAAGAACCCUUUCUACCUUCUCCAUCUUCAGUGCUUCAUCAACCACCCGAAACCCUAAAAAUCCUCCAAUUCAGAGCAGAACCAGUUCCAAUCCUAAUCCUAAGCCUUUUCCGAAGAACCCACCUUCUUCAUGGCUCAACAAAUGGACCCAAAGCGAUCCAAGCUCUAACCCUAAUUCUCGAACAAGUAGCGAAGAAGACAGGGUUCAGUACUUUGACGGAGAUAAAGGACGGAGUGCUAUCCAUCGAAUAGUGGAUCGCCUUAGAAAUCUAGGCUUAAGCGACGGAGAUGGAGAUGAUGACUCAAAGGAUUUGCCUUGGGGCUCCAGAGAAAAAGGGAAUUUGGAUGAUAAGGAUUUAGGGUUUCUUCUUCAGAAGACAUGGGAAAGGCCUGACCAAGUUGUUAAUGGGGAUAGAAUUUCAGAUGCUCUUUUGCCAUGGGAGAGGAGUGAGGAGGGAGAAUAUGAGACCAAGAAAGAGAAGAGUAGGCGAAUAAAGGCACCCACUUUAGCUGAAUUGACUAUUGAGGAUUCAGAGCUUAGGAGGUUGAGGAAGCUUGGUAUUACUCUUAGAGAGAGAAUCAAUGUUCCAAAAGCUGGAGUUACACAGGCUGUUUUGGAGAAGAUACACAUGGCUUGGAGGAAGUCUGAGCUUGUGAGGCUGAAGUUUCAUGAGACACUUGUUCAUGAUAUGAAGACAGCUCAUGAGAUUGUGGAGCGUCGAACAGGAGGACUGGUUAUAUGGAUGUCAGGAAGUGUCAUGGUUGUUUAUAGGGGAAGUACCUACGGGCAGCAGCCUUCUUCAAGGCCUAAUACUUCUGAGGAAGAAGUCAUAGCUACCAACCUGGUACAUGAAGGGGAUACAUUAUUUGUACCAGAUGUUGCUCAUUCCGAGAAAAUUCCUGAGUCAGCCAGGAAAAACUCUAUAAUAACAGCUGAAAAACCAUCCCUGUUUAGUGUUGACGAGGUUCCAACUUUGACAGAAGAAGAGAAAGAAUACAACAGUAUACUAGAUGGUUUAGGUCCUCGCUUUGUGGAGUGGUGGGGUACUGGGUUUCUUCCUGUUGAUGCUGAUUUACUACCUCAGAAAGUUCCUGGUUAUAAACCACCAUUUAGACUUUUACCAAUUGGAAUGAGAUCAAGGCUAACCAAUGCAGAGAUGACCAAUCUGAGGAAGUUCGCAAGGAAACUCCCUUCUCAUUUUGCUCUUGGGAGAAAUAGGAAUCAUCAAGGUAUGGCUGCUGCUAUAAUUAAGCUUUGGGAAAGAAGCUUGAUAGUGAAGAUAGCUGUGAAGAGAGGAAUUCAAAAUACAAACAACAAAUUAAUGGCUGAGGAACUGAAGAAGCUAACGGGAGGUAUCUUAUUGCUCCGUAACAAAUACUACAUUGUCAUAUAUCGGGGAAAAGAUUUUCUUCCACCGAGUGUCGCUUCUGCCUUAGCAGAGAGACAAGCAUUGACAAAAAAUAUCCAAGAUGAAGAAGAGAGGGCAAGAAAAGGAGCCAUUGGAGCAGCUGAGGCUGAAUUAGAGAAACAGGAGGUACUUGCAGGUACCUUAGCUGAAUUUAAGGAGGCUCAGGCAAGGUGGGGAAGAGAAAUUGCCGCUGAAGAACAAGAGAAGAUGAAAGAAGAGAUUUCUAAGGCUAAGCAUGCCGGAUUGGUCCGGAGGAUCGAGCAUAAGUUUGCUGUGGCCCAAGCGAAAAAGCUAAGGGCAGAGAAGCAAUUAUCGAAGAUAGAAGCAUCAAUGGUGCCAGUUGGACCUUCAGAUGACCAAGAAACAGUAACAGAUGAGGAGCGGUAUAUGUUUCGUCGCGUUGGUUUGAGAAUGAAGGCAUAUUUACCACUAGGCAUUCGAGGUGUUUUUGAUGGUGUGAUUGAGAAUAUGCAUUUGCACUGGAAGCACCGAGAGCUAGUGAAGCUAAUUUCUAAGCAAAAGACCCUUGCAUUUGUCGAAGAAACAGCAAGGUUACUGGAAUAUGAGAGUGGUGGUAUUUUAAUAGCUAUAGAAAGAGUCCCAAAAGGCUAUGCCCUCAUAUAUUAUCGUGGGAAGAAUUAUCAAAGGCCUGUUACUAUAAGGCCAAGAAACCUUCUAACAAAGGCGAAAGCAUUAAAACGUUCAGUUGAAAUGCAACGGCAUGAGGCACUUAGUCAACACAUUCUAGAGCUGGAGAGAACCAUAGAGCAUAUGAAGUUAGAACUUCAUAAUCCUGAAAUUAAUGAGGGAAGUAGCUGGGAAUCAGAGGAGAAUGAGGGGAAUAAUGAAUAUGAUGAUGAGGAUGGAAGCCGUUGGGAGUCCGAUGGGGAGAUUGAGGGGCACUCUCAACAUGUUAAUGAGGGUGGUGAUAGUUGGGAUUCUGAGGGGGAGCUUCAGAAAGAAGGUGAAGACUCUGAUUUGGAUUCUGAUGACGCCUAGGAUGAGAACUUGGAUUGUUGGGAUUAUAGAUGGCCCAUGUUCUUUAGAUAGAGAACCAACACAAGGCAUGAGAGAGCAUGAGAAGUAACAAACAAAUUAAAGGCCGAAGAGACAGGUGAUGGAGGCUAAACAUUGGCAUGUUUCAAACAAGAAAACCUGUUAACAAUUUUGAGGUACUUUUUCCUUUGCAAUUCUAUGGAUAAAUGCGGUAUUUCCAAAACAAACCUUAUUCUUGGAUAACAGCUUUGAACCGAAGCAGCAAGAUUUAAGUUCACUGCAAAAAGUACGAUUGGUUCUGAAAAAGUGCUGUCUGCAAUUUAGAACAUUAUGAAACUGCCCUGAAACUUUUAUGAAAAUCAUAAAUCGUCUUCUGUUGCCCAAUUUUUGAAAAAUAGAAGAUCCUCUCCUUGAAUGGGUUCUUCUUUCAUUGCUAUGAUAAUAUUAAUGUACAGUAACAUAACCUUGUACCAUGUCCAUUUUAUUGCCCGAAGAAGAAUCUUCAGCCUUAAGGAUGGUUUUGUUCAGUAAUUAUCUGAUCGGUUCACAGGCAAGGAUUAUGUAUGUACAUCCAUUUGUUGCUUUGAGCUUCAUGGUUGAAAGACAACGUGAAUGUAAGGUAUUAGAUGCCUUUUUCCUUGAAUUAUGAUUUUUUUCCAGAUUAUUGAUGUAUUGUUUAAACACAUUUUAAUGAGGUUGGACAUGAAAAUAAAUAAAAGAUCCUAUUAUGGGCCAGUUUUUGGUGGUUUU